AUGACCGAGAUGCUGAAAGAGUCGAGUACCUUGGUAGACAUUGACGUUCCCGAGAAGGGUGAAGUCACUGUCUGCGGAGACAUCCACGAGAACCCCUACCUGUUCAAUGGAGACUUUGUUGACCGAGGAUCGUUUUCCGUGGAAGUGAUCUUGACACUUUUUGCAUGGAAACUAGCGUUUCCAAACCACAUGCGCCCGGCGCGCGGCAAUCAUGAAACAAGGAACAUGACCUCACGCUACGGCUUCAAACAGGAGGUCAUCAGCAAGAAUGGUGAAGCCAUGUACGACCUCUUUUGUGAAGCCUUCUGUUUGUUGCCUCUUUGCCACGUCAUCAACCAGCAGGUCUUCGUGGUGCAUGGGGGCCUAUUCUCCCAUGACAACGUCACGUUGGAUGACAUCCGAAAGGUGAACCGAGAUUGUGAGCCACCAAAAUUGCGAAGGCAGUUGACCUUGGCUGCAAGAAUCGGGAUGAUCUCAGCGCACAAGUACAAGAUCGGAAACCUGGUGGAGUAUUGGAGCGACUCCUAUCAACGUUGGAUGCCUUGCACAGUGCAAAAGCUGCAUGAGGAUGGAACCUACGACCUCGAAGUGAAGAAGAACGCAGAGGAAGGGAAAAUGACACUCAGGAACAGCGCUCCAGACAGUGGUAUUUGGCGAAAGCAUGGAACUCAGCGACACCGGACGCCUAGGACCUGGAUCCAGAUCUGGGUGGAUCGCCAGGGCAACAGCAACAUCAAGCGAUUGGAGCGAGAUGCCGAGAACAAGAAGACGCAGAGGUUUCAAAAUUGGACGGCGAAGCGGAGAAAGCAGGGACACCGUGAAGGGAUUGAAGAGAUUGGUGGCCGAGUCAAGUCAAGCCAAGAGCACAGUCGAAAAGAUGGAGGUGGAUCCGGACUACAGGGGACCGGUGUACCCUUCAGGGAGGAGAACCCCUACCUGUUCAAUGGAGACUUUGUUGACCGAGGAUCGUUUUCCGUGGAAGUGAUCUUGACACUUUUUGCAUGGAAACUAGCGUUUCCAAACCACAUGCGCCCGGCGCGCGGCAAUCAUGAAACAAGGAACAUGACCUCACGCUACGGCUUCAAACAGGAGGUCAUCAGCAAGAAUGGUGAAGCCAUGUACGACCUCUUUUGUGAAGCCUUCUGUUUGUUGCCUCUUUGCCACGUCAUCAACCAGCAGGUCUUCGUGGUGCAUGGGGGCCUAUUCUCCCAUGACAACGUCACGUUGGAUGACAUCCGAAAGGCAGGGCUCCUUCCAAUUAAGAGAAGAGUCGGGGUGGCCUUUGGGCCAGACGUGACCGAACACUUCUUGAAGGUGAAUGGUUUGAAGAUGGUGAUUCGCAGCCACGAAUUUAAGGAGGAAGGCUUUAGCGUGGAGCACAGUGGAACACUGAUCACUGUCUUCUCAGCUCCAAACUACUGUGGCCAAAGAGGAAACAAAGGUGCGUUCAUCAGACUUGAUGGCGAGACCAUGACUCCAAAGUACACAAAAUUUGUGCAUGACGGCAACGACGGAGCCUUUGGACCCGAGUUCUUUGGUCAAAUGGUGAAGUACAAGACGCGGUCACCGUUUUCGGCCCUGGGUGGUGUGGGGGAUCAUUUCAGAUCUCCCGUGGAUUUGUGCAAAAACUGCAGGAACGUGUUGCACUUGGAUCUCAACGCCAUCCCCACUGUGGCCAACCCUCCCGGUCGGGAUGGCGGGGACUUGGAGGCCACCAAUAGUUGGCUCUUGGACUACAUGAUCCACGGACAAAGGCGCUAUCUUUGGGAGGACAAUGGCAUCAAUGCCACCAAAGCCUACAAGCUGAUUGAUGAGUUCAUCCAGAUGCUAAAGAAGGCCCAUAAGGCCUUUAAGGCCCUGGCGCCCGAGAAGGACAUCGUCCUCACCACCUUUGAUGCUUUGGCCAAGGAGUUGGAACAGCUUCAAAGGAAGACCCAGAAAGGCUAGAAAUUCCUGAAAAGGUCCAAUGUGGUGAACUGGUGCGUUGAGGGGAGGCUUUCUGACCUGCGAAUAGAUGUUGUAC